UGAAGAGCAAAAAAACGAAAAGGAAAGCAACGAAAACAAUCGUAUCUUACAAAAUCUUGAUCGUACGAAAGUUGUGAAAUCAGUGAUCAGUUGGCGUUUGACGUUUUGAACAAAAAACCAGCUUCGUUCAUAAGCUGAAGAGUAGAUUUUUUUUUGUCUAUUUCGUGUUUUAUAUUAAUCUUCUAAAAUGGGGAAAGGCUUUAAUAAUUACAUGUGCAAGAAAUUCUUCCAUCCUGCAUCAAGGGAUAACCUCAAAAGGGUAUGGAUGGCAGAACAGCAAACUGCAGCAUAUAAGCAAAAGCAAGAGGAACUUAGAGUACAGUAUGAGAAAGAGCAGGAUUUGUAUACCAACAAGGCUUUGAUGAGUAAGGAGAGUAAAGGAAAGCUCAGUGUCAACUUCCUUUACGAGCCACCACCUGGACUUAAAAAGGACAGAGAAAGGGAAGAUGAUGAACCUGAAUUUAAGUUUGAGUGGCAACGAAAGUAUAAUGCACCCCGUGAAAGCUACUGCAAAGGUGACCAAGAAAUCAGAGAUCAGCCAUUUGGUAUUCAAGUACGCAACGUCAGGUGUAUUAAAUGUCAUAAAUGGGGUCACAUUAACACUGACAAGGAGUGUCCAAUGUACAAUCAGUCAGCGACUGGGACAGAGACUGGAUCAAAUUCAAACCCAUCAGACCUUAUCAGACAGAUGCGAGAGGAUGGUUUAGCAAUGAAAAAAGGUGCUGUGGGACUUCUUGAACUUCCUACAGGCCCCUCCAAUGUAAGCAACCAGCAGCUGAUACCAUCUGACAGUGAAGAUGAGGAUCAUAUGAAUGAAACAGAGCUGAAGUUCCUAGAAGGGCUAUCUACUAAGAAAAAGUUAAAACUUUUGAGAAAGUUAGAAAAGAUGGAAAAGAAAAAGAAAAAAAAGAAGCAGAAGAGGGACAAAAGAAAGGAGGGAAUCAAACAGGAAAACUCCAGUGAUGCAGACAGUGGUAGUGACUCUUCAAAGGCUAAAAAGAAGUCAAGAGUUCCAAAAACUGAAGAGGACGGAUCAGAAAGAGAGCGUCUUCCUAAGAUCAAAACUGAAGUUGAGGAUGAACUUUACUCUGUGUUAGGUCGCAAAAUGGACUUUGAAGGCCGCCCCCCUCAAAGCCAUUCAAAACACCAACCAGCAGUACCAGCUAACGGGUCAAAUUCAAGAGGAAGAAGUCGAGUGUCCAGAUCCCGGUCUCAUAGUAGAGGGAAAAGCAGAUCAUCCAGCCCUCAAAUGGACAGAAGGAAGAAAGAUAAAAUAAAAGAAGAAUAUGCAAGAGACUACAAUGCCAAGAAAAGCCGCAGGCAUUCACCCUCCAGGGGUAACUCCCCAUCCCUAAAAGACAAGUAUCCAAAAACCUCAAGAAGGAAAGAGCGAUCACAGUCAAGAGAAAGGACAAGAAAGAGAUCGCAUUCCAGAGAAUAUAGGCGAUCGCGGUCCCCUCGAGAGUCAAAACAGUACAAAAAUAGUUAUAAACAUUAGUGAGACGAUACUAUUGUAAUCAACACUUACUGUCAAAUGUAAAUACAUAUGUAACCUCGUGUGGUGAGAAAUUAAAUACAAAUCAUCCUUUAUCAA